AGGAGGGCUGUCAACACCCUCGACCAUAAAGCAUGCGCCCUGCUUCACUCUAAACUCAAAGGAUUCCAUCUCGAGGACGUCGCACUUUCGGCUCUUUCCGCCGAAGCAUCGAACUCCGGAGGGGAAAGACGGAACCGAUACGCCUCUCGGCCAUCAGACUCAUCUAUUCACAGCCCUGGAGUAACGGGUGUGGGUCAGUUAGACAUGGCGAAGAAAAAGAAAGGACAGAGUCGGGAUCCGGGUGAGAAGGGACCUUCGGCACUUUGGCUUUUGUCGGAGGACAACCCGCUACGAAGAUGCACCCGGUUCUUGAUCGAAUGGCCACCUUUCGAAUUUAUGGUUCUUAUCACCAUUAUUGCCAAUUGUGUAGUUCUAGCUCUCGAAGAACAUCUGCCUAAGGGAGACCGAACGCCACUUGCUCAGCGACUAGAAGAAACAGAACCAUACUUUUUAGCAAUUUUCUGUGUUGAAGCGUCAUUAAAGAUUCUAGCCUUGGGACUUAUACUGCACAGCGGAUCGUACCUAAGAAGUGUCUGGAAUAUGAUGGAUUUUGUCGUUGUUGCAUCGGGGAUUGUGACGGUUAUAAUACCGGACAACAUGGACUUAGAUUUACGAACACUACGAGCCAUCAGGGUUCUUCGGCCAUUGAAACUAGUAUCGGGGAUACCGAGUCUUCAAGUCGUCUUAUCGUCCAUCAUAAAGGCUAUGGCACCAUUGCUCCAGAUCGGAUUGCUUGUGUUGUUUGCAAUCGUGAUCUUCGCCAUCAUCGGUCUGGAGUUCUACAGUGGUAUCCUUCACAAAAGUUGUUACAGUUUGGAAGAUCCAAUGGACAUCGUCCCCGAAGGCGAACAAGAAACACCCUGUUAUCCUUACGUAAUUGCGGCAAAUGUACCAAACGGAGCCUUUAAGUGUGACAACAGUACCUCAUUUUGUAAAGAGGGCUGGAAUGGCCCUAACUUUGGAAUUACGUCCUUCGACAACAUAUUCUUCGCUAUGUUAACUGUAUUUCAAUGUAUAACCAUGGAGGGGUGGACACAAAUGCUCUAUUGGACAAAUGAUGCCAUGGGCAACGCCUUCAACUGGAUCUACUUCGUGCCACUCAUUAUCAUUGGGUCCUUUUUCAUGCUCAAUCUGGUUCUUGGUGUACUUUCUGGAGAAUUUGCGAAAGAGAGAGAAAAAGUUGAGAAUCGUCAAGCCUUCCUCCGGAUUCGACGCCAGCAGCAGCUGGAGAGGGAGCUUGACGGUUACGUUGAAUGGAUUUGUAAAGCCGAGGAAGUUAUCCUCGCAGAAAAACGUACGACUGAAGAAGAGAGAAUGUACAUCCUUGAAGCCCGCCGCCGAUACGCCGCUAAGCGUGACAAAAUGAAAAAUAUGAGAGGCAAGUCAACCGACGAAGAAGAAGAGGAAGAAGACGACGAAGACGCUGAAGAUGAAGAAUCUGAGACCGGAGAAGACCAAACUUCUCGGAAAGGAUCCUUCCUGAAAACAAACUCAAAAAGCAAGGGAGCCUUUGGACGCGCCGAAAAGCGCUUCAGAUUUAUGAUACGCCGGGUAGUGAAAACGCAGCUUUUCUACUGGACGGUCAUCGUCCUCGUGUUCCUGAACACCGCCUGCGUGGCCGUAGAACACCAUAGACAACCGGAGUGGCUUGAGACCUUCCUCCAAUACGCCGAAUACGUUUUUCUCGGACUAUUCAUAUCGGAAAUGCUGGUCAAAGUGUACGCCCUCGGACCUCACAUAUACUUCGCAUCGUCCUUCAAUCGAUUCGAUUGUGUGGUCAUCGCGGGCAGCAUUUUCGAAGUCAUCUGGUCAUCCUUCAAAGAGGGAUCAUUCGGUUUUUCGGUUUUGAGGGCAUUGCGCCUGUUGAGAAUUUUCAAAUUUACAAAAUACUGGUCGUCACUUCGGAAUCUCGUUAUUUCAUUGAUGAAUUCGAUGCGGUCCAUCCUCUCCUUGUUGUUUCUGCUGUUCUUGUUCAUCCUGAUAUUCGCCUUGCUCGGAAUGCAACUGUUCGGCGGAGUUUUCAACUUCGCCGACGGUACCCCGCCAGCCAACUUUAAUACCUUCGCGAUCGCUUUGCUCACCGUGUUUCAAAUCCUAACCGGUGAAGACUGGAAUGAAGUGAUGUACAGAGGGAUCCAGAGUCAAGGUGGAAUUAACGGCGGAAUGAUCUACUCGCUGUAUUUCAUAAUCCUCGUGAUGUUCGGCAAUUAUACCCUACUGAACGUGUUCUUGGCCAUCGCUGUCGAUAACUUGGCAAAUGCACAAGAACUCACCGCUGCCGAAGAAGAGGACGCAGCUGAGGAACAGAGACGGGCAAAAGAGGAACUUGAAAAGGAGAUGGCCGACCUUCAGAGGCAGAAUGGGCCUCAGGUCAACAUCUGUCCGCCCUCCCCGUCUCAGGGUUCCAACACUGCACAAGGGAAAGACGGUGACCAAGAUGCGAAAAAUGGUAGGUUGAGAAUUGAACAUGAAGAAGACGAAGAAGGAACCGGCCCAAAGCCCAUGCUGCCAUACUCGUCGAUGUUCAUAUGCUCCCCAACGAACCCCAUACGAAGAGCUGCUCAUUUCGUGGUGAACCUGGCCUACUUCGAUCUGUUCAUCAUGAUAACAAUUUCUAUGAGCUCCAUAGCUCUAGCGGCCGAAGACCCGGUGGAAGAGGAUUCGCCCUCGAAUAAAAUCCUCAACUAUUUCGAUUACGCCUUCACCGGCGUAUUUACUGUGGAGAUGAUUCUCAAAGUCGUGGACCAAGGAGUGAUCUUGCAUCCAGGCUCGUACUGUCGGGACCUGUGGAACAUCCUAGACUCUGUCGUUGUCAUAUGCGCUCUUAUUGCAUUCGCAUUUGCCGGGAGUUCAACCGGACAAAAUUUGAGUACCAUCAAAUCACUUCGGGUCCUUCGGGUUUUGCGUCCGUUGAAAACUAUCAAAAGAGUGCCCAAAUUGAAAGCAGUAUUCGACUGCGUUGUCACGUCACUGAAGAACGUGUUCAACAUUCUCAUCGUGUAUAUUCUAUUCCAAUUCAUCUUCGCCGUCAUUGCUGUACAAUUGUUCAAUGGGAAGUUUUUCUUCUGCACGGACCACACAAUGCUGUACGAACAAGACUGUCAGGGUGAAUACUUCGAGUUUGUGGAUGCUCGGAAACCGCCCAGAGUAAUGAAACGCUUGUGGAAACGACAAGACUUCCAUUACGAUGACAUAUCGGCCGCCAUGUUAACUCUUUUUACCGUUCAGACCGGAGAAGGCUGGCCACAGGUACUGCAAAACUCGAUGGACUCGACGGACGAGGACAAGGGCCCAGUGCCUAGAUACCGAAUUGAAAUGUCACUCUUUUAUAUCGUGUUCUUCAUCGUAUUCCCAUUCUUCUUUGUAAAUAUAUUCGUUGCGUUGAUCAUCAUCACAUUUCAAGAACAAGGUGAAAAGGAACUUGAGGAAGGAGAAAUUGAUAAAAAUCAGAAAUCGUGUAUCGAUUUUUCCAUUCACGCAAAACCAUUGCAACGCUACAUGCCGAAGAACAAAACCACCUUCAAAUACAAAGUGUGGAAAGUUGUUGCCUCAACGCCGUUCGAAUACUUCAUUCUCCUGCUCAUUGUACUCAAUACCGUUUUACUCAUGAUGAAAUUCCAUAACCAACCGCCACAACUUACGCGUGUUCUUCAUUACCUCAACGCUACUUUCACUGGCCUGUUCACGGUCGAAUCUAUACUAAAACUGGUCGCGUUUGGUUUCAAGAAUUUUUUCAAGGAUUCCUGGAACACCUUCGAUUUGAUCACUGUCAUAGGAUCAAUAAUCGACGUCCUUGUCGUGGAGUACGGCAUAAAUUUCUUCAACGUGGGAUUCCUUCGUUUGUUCAGAGCCGCUCGUCUCAUCAAACUUUUGAGACAAGGCUACACAAUUCGAAUUUUGUUGUGGACCUUCAUUCAGUCUUUCAAAGCUCUACCCUACGUCUGUUUACUCAUCGCAAUGUUGUUCUUCAUUUAUGCCAUCAUCGGCAUGCAGGUCUUCGGUAAUGUGAGGUUCGACCCAGACACAGACAUCAAUCGUCACAACAACUUUCAGAACUUCUUCCAAGCUUUGAUAUUACUCUUUCGAUGUGCAACGGGAGAGGCGUGGCAGGCCAUCAUGUUGGCUUGUAUCAAAGGGCGUCCCUGCGAUCCGCUCACCAAGAAGACAAGCAAUGAAUGCGGAUCGAAUAUCGCCUACGCCUACUUUGUGUCCUUCAUCUUCUUCUGUUCGUUUUUGAUGCUCAAUUUGUUCGUGGCCGUCAUCAUGGAUAAUUUUGACUACCUGACGAGAGACUCCUCGAUUCUCGGAGCCCAUCACCUUGACGAGUUCAUUCGGGUAUGGGCCGAGUACGAUCCAAACGCCACGGGGUACAUCCAUUAUAACGAGAUGUAUGACAUGCUAAGAAACAUGGAGCCACCCCUUGGUUUUGGAAACAAAUGCCCCUACAGGCUGGCUUAUAAAAAACUGAUUAGAAUGAAUAUGCCCUUAACGGAGGACGGCAGGGUAAACUUUACCUCGACACUGUUCGCGCUGAUCCGGGAAAACCUCGUUAUUAAGAUGAGAAAUGCGGAAGAAAUGGAUCAGGCCGACAAAGAACUCCGAGUGACCAUUCAGAAGCUUUGGCCAUUACAAGCUGACAAGGUUACUGACAAAUUAGUCCCCCCAGACUCAGAACUGCGGACAGGAAAACUAACAGUAGGUAAAAUAUAUGGAGGCCUUCUGAUUCUGGAGAAUUGGCGAGCUCACAGAUUUCAAGUAUCAUCGGUGGCUGGAUUAUUCGCGGUGGAACAAAUGGAAGUAGCGGCAGCAACGCAGCAGCGGGCCAGCCAAAUAGCUCAGACUCAGGCGCUCCAAUCCGGAUCGGAGUCGGGCUCUCAUGCCCCAUCGAGUCAUCUCCACCCGGAGCGCAGUGUGAGAGGCCGGUCCCCGUCGCCGCGUCGCCGUAGCUCGUUGUCGCCUCCAGAUGGACGCCCAGAUGGACGUCGGUCCUCUUACUGCCGAGGACGAUCACCUUCGCCCUCGCCUAGAAGGGGGUUAGCGGACGCAGUUAGCGAUGUCGUCGACAUGGUCAAGUAUGAAACCUCACGGAGAGGACGAGCUAGAGCCCAAUUGCACGGAGAUGAGUACUUCUCGUCACCACGUCGGUUCGAAAGAUCCCCCAGUCGACAUCGUCAUGGCCAACGGCACCACUACCAAGCUACUAGCAGUAGACAAACGAGUCCUACAGAGUACAGAUCUGAGACCGCGCACCAUCAGCGGUCCAGAUCCCCGUCGCCUAGUAGCCCUACUCAACACACAGCGUCAUCGACACGUCACCAUAGGAAACAACAAUAUAGAACCCCUACCCAUAGCGAGUACUAUGGCACCGCUCACAGGGAAAGACGAUCGCGGUCUCCAAGCCCCGCGACGUCGGCCCAGAGCUUACCGGUUGCCCAGAGUGGAUGCAGAGCGGUGCAUACGCGUCGUGGACGCAUGUUGCCGCCUACGCCCAAUAAGCCUUCAACCUUGCUAUUGCUUAGGUCGGCCAAGAUAGGCAACGUUCUAACCAACUAUCAGCUUCCAUCUGUGGCUCUUUCGCCCACAUUGGCGCAAUACCGCCACGCUGGAUCGAUCAACUUUCCUAAAGUGAGUGCAUCACCAACGCGCUCUACCGCGUCCCACAUGGUCACCACAUGGAGUAGACAUGAUGAUGAGUCAUAUACCAGCUACCGAUCAGCAAGCUCACAGCCGCCAUUCUUUGGGGACCUGCGUCACAUACCUAGACAGCAGCUACCGAAUGGGUGCAAGCCAGGAUAUAUACCAGACACUCUGGGACCUUCCUCUGGAGGAGGCUCCUGGAGUGGGCUACAAAAACCAAGGGAUACCAUCAUAGCCGUGCGGCCUUGUUACGGAGAAGCAGGCGGCCGCAAAGGCUAUUACGGCUCCGACGACGAGUGGUGCUGA